GAUUAUCUAGAAAAGUUCACGAAAAGCGGACGAUCAGAUUUGGUAUGAGACAAACGGACAACCUGCUGUGACAGCGGGACGCAUCGUGUCUCGGAUAGGAAUUGCCGAUUUCUACGCGGAGAGGAUACUAAAGAUAUUUCAGCGCUUAUUGCGGAUGGACAAAGCUUAAAAUCUGUGUUGAGGAGCUUAACGGAUUAGUGUGAUCGUUGUGAGAUGGUUCUCUGGGAAUGACGAACUAAUUACAACGCAAGGCGUGCAUGACUCUCCGUUGACACAACCUCUUAAAACUUCCAUCGGAUCUUGAGUGAUCUUUAUCUCAGGAGUUUCUGCGGAGGGCCGGUAACGAAAGUGAAAUAAUUACCACAGAGAAAACAGUGCAGAGUGAAAACCAUGCCUGUACGAGGAAGCGAUGCCAGGAUGUCACUAAGCCAGGCUGCCCCUCCAAGAUACCGGGGCGUGAACAGGAGUACUCGACCAGACCGCAAGAACCUCAGGCUUUGGGUUGAUACAAAUGACCCGAGGUUCCCCGGACUCAAGAGAUUGAAACUGAGAGGUAAGGAAUUGGAGCAUCUCCCUCCAGAGGUGUUCAAUAUGGUGGACUUGGAAAUCCUUGACUUGAGCCCAGAGAGGGAAGCCUGUUUGUACUACCGGCUGUCAGAGUUACCAGGAGCUAUCUCAAAGCUGACAAACCUCAUUGUCCUCGCUUUAGAUACAAAUCAUAUGCAAGAGAUCCCAGCCGAGUUGUGUACACUUCCCAAAUUAGAGAGACUCACCCUCAGCAACAACUUGUUGACGUCUCUCCCGAAGGAAUUGCCAAAACUGCGGAACUUACUCAGCCUCCAUGUGGCGAACAACAACAUCCAGGAAUUCCCCGUUCAGAUCUGUGACCUUCCGAGGCUGGAGUUCCUCGACAUUUCAGACAACAUGUUGACCAAAUUGCCUCAGAGGAUAUCAAAGCUGAAGACAUUACAAUCUCUGAAUCUCUAUGCGAAUCAAAUCGAGAUGUUACCAGACGGCAUUUGUGAGCUGCAGAUGUUGCGCAUGUUUUGGGUAGGAAACAACCGUCUCCGCGCCCUUCCCAGGAAGUUCGGCUCUCUGAAGCUCCUGGACUGGGGCUGGCACUAUACCUCAACAACUCUGGAUGGGAAUCCUCUCGAAAACCCGCCGUUGGAGGUAUGUAAAUUGGGUGCGGAUGAGAUCUGCAACUAUUUCGACAUCCGUGAGGAUGACGGACCAAUCUCUAUGAUGGUUUCUGAACCGGAAGCCGACGAGGAGAGUGACCAGGAGUUGGCACGGAUCAAUGAGAGCUCGGAGACAGACGAGAGCACUAGGCCCCAGAUGUUGGAGGUGGACCCCAGGGCCCUCAGAGACAUGAGGCGGGGCUCCUCACCCAUGCCUAUUCCGUACUGAUUCAAAACAAAUG